AAGGGGGGACUCCCUAAAUGGGGCGUCGUUUCAGCUUGCAUCUUUCUCCUGCAAAAAGAUGUCAGUCUCGGCUUCUGUGCUCUCCUUCUAUCAAAUGGUUUCCCGUAGAAAAAGAAUAACAGCCGAUGCCUGUAGAGAAUCGAACUUGCGUCGCUGCCUUUCCACUUCGGACUUAGUGGCUCUGGGUGUGGGCAGUACUUUGGGUGCCGGGGUGUAUCUCUUGGCGGGGGAAGUAGCCAAGACCAGCGCGGGCCCCAGUAUCGUCAUUUCCUUUCUGAUUGCUGCUCUGGUGUCCAUCCUGGCAGGACUGUGUUAUGCUGAGUUUGGAGUCCGGGUGCCUUUGACCGGAUCAGCUUAUCUCUACAGCUACAUAACAGUUGGAGAGCUGUGGGCAUUCGUCACCGGUUGGAACCUGCUGCUCUCCUAUAUAAUUGGUACCUCCAGUGUGGCCAGAGCAUGGAGUGCUACUUUUGAUGAGCUCCUGAGCAAACGGAUUGGCACAUUUUUCAGCACCCAUAUGGCCAUGACCUCUCCGGGACUAGCUGAAUACCCUGAUAUCUUUGCUGUUUGCCUCAUUGUCCUACUGACAGGUCUCCUCUCAGUUGGGGUAAAAGAAUCCACCACAGUGAAUAAAGUCUUCACAGCUGUCAAUGUGCUUGUCCUUCUAUUCAUUAUAAUCAGUGGAUUCAUCAAAGGGGACCUGAAGAAUUGGAAGAUGAGCAAGAAUGAUCUGUUAAUGACUGCUACCCUCAGAUUUAGGAACCAAUCUGGCAAUGGAACUUGGGACUUUGGGGCUGGAGGUUUCAUGCCCUAUGGCUUCAGUGGGACCUUAGCUGGAGCUGCUACCUGCUUCUAUGCUUUCAUUGGGUUUGACUGCAUUGCGACUACAGGGGAAGAAGUAAAGAACCCCACAAAAGCCAUCCCAAUGGGGAUUGUUCUCUCUCUGCUCAUCUGCUUCUUGGCUUAUUCCGGUGUUUCAGCUGCCUUGACCCUGAUGAUGCCUUACCACCUUUUGGACACCAUGAGCCCUCUGCCAGUGGCUUUUGAAUACAAUGGAUGGAGCAUGGCCAAAUAUGCUGUGGCUGUGGGGUCUCUCUGUGCUCUGACCACCAGCUUGCUAGGUUCUAUGUUCCCGAUGCCACGGAUUUUAUUUGCUAUGGCCAGGGAUGGACUCCUCUUCCAAUCUUUGGCCAAAGUGAGCAGCCGACAGAGCCCAGUGACUGCAACUCUGGUGUCUGGAGCUGUUGCAGGUUUAAUGGCUUUCCUUUUUGAUCUGAGGGCCUUGAUUGAUAUGAUGUCCAUUGGGACAUUGCUGGCCUACACACUAGUAGCUGUCUGUGUUCUUCUCCUCAGGUACCAACCUGAUCCCAGCUCCCUUGGCCCAGCAGAAAAGAAAGGUCCAAGCAGAAUACCUUGGGUGGACCUCCUCAUCCACCCUCAGAUGAUCCCGAACCAGAGCUCCUCCACACUAGUGUCCCUUUCUGUGCUUGUCAUUGCAUGGUUUUCAGAGUCCAUUUUCUCUCCAGCUGUCCUAGUCUGCACCACGUGUGUGCUGAGCAUAGCAGGACUGCCGUGUUUGUUAUCUGGAGGUGCCUGGUGUGUCACCUGCCUUGUUCUCCUCUUCCUGGGGAUUCUGGUGGUGUCCCUAAUCAUCUGGAGGCAGCCACACAGCCAGAAGACAGCAGACUUCACGGUUCCCUGUCAGCCAUUCUUGCCCAUCCUCAGUGUUCUGGUCAAUAGCUACCUAAUGGUCCAACUCAGCGGUGACACCUGGCUUCGGUACAUGGUGUGGAUGGCUAUUGGAUUCCUAAUUUACUUUGGCUACGGGAUCCAUCACAGUGCAGAGAGAUCCAGCCACAAAGAUCCAUCCCCAGAGAAGACAAAGCAGGCAACAAGUGACAUGGAUCCAGCUGUCACCUCGGAAAAAUAACUCUUUGGUGUGGAGCAACUAUCUUCCCUGGUGAAAGGACUUCAUAAGAAUGGGAUUUCACCCUCCCCUUAGCUAUCUAUAGAUGUGUCUAUUUGUAGCACUCCAACCUGGUGCUCUCCAGAUGUUUUGGGCAACAACUAUCAGCUCUGGCCAGCGCAGCUAUACUUGCCGGGAUUGAUGGGAGUUGUAGUCCAAAACACCUGGAAGGUACGAGGUUGAGGAAGGCUACUCUUGAGCGAAACAAAUAGUUGGAUAUUCACAGUUAAGUAAUGCAUGCAAUCCAUAUCCAUUGGCUGAGCUGGUGUAGCAUCGUGGCUGAGUUCACCAACAAGCUAAGUUAUUGGAUGCAUGGAAAAAAGGUCCACUGGUUCAACAGGACUUUUCUCCACCCCCUAAAUCUGCUCUGCAGGGUUUGGGGAAGCCACAGAACAGGUUUAGGGGUUACAUGGGGCAGGGGAGAAGUCCCAUUGCACAAAUGGAUCUUGUUCUGUGCCCCAUUUAGCAUGGUUUUGUUAGACAAGCUACAGUUCCCACAGCUUUGCUCCUCGCCUCCCCAAAUCUGCAAUGUGGGGGAUAAUGGCAACAACAGUGGCACAUCUGGUUGUGCAGGUUUAUAAGCCAUUCAGGAAGUUUCCCUGCUGCCCAGUUGGCAAUUGGCCUUCCAAGGUAUGGAGGGUAGCUGAGCUGGCAGCAGAGACAACCUUUGAUGGGUCACAUCCCCUCACUCACCUCAUGUGAUUCUAAUCACAUGGGGGAAGCUAAAUACCCAAAGGGAACUCCAUCUAGAGCCCGGCACCAAAUACACGCACUUCAUAAGGCAAUCAAAUGGAUGGCAGACCUGGCCAUACUUGGCAACGGGUCUUUCUAGGGCUACCACUUUCCAAUGAGGCGGAGCAAAAACCUGGCUGAAAAAGAGGAGGACCUGCUCUUCCUCAUGUUUCCAGAGAGGGCAAAGCUGGGCACUGUAGUUUAUCCCAAGUUUAUGCACAACAGACCUCUCUCUUCUACUGCUCAUCCAGUUUCGCUUGCUGAAAUUUGAAAUGCGCUUUAUCCGCAGAAGUGUCUGUAGUUGUCUGUUCCUUUGGGUUUGGGAGCAAACAAUGCUAAAGUUGCGACAAAGUUUGUUUAGACCAUUAUCUGUUAC